UCUUAUACCCUCCCUCCUAUAUCCUCCGGCCCUUCGAUUGAAUCGACUGGCCCAUUUCUAUAUUUCUCUUUUUAAUUAGUUGUAUUAUUUUGUUCUUCUAAUCACAUCUCACAAUGCUGUCCUCUCGCAUCACCCGCGCGCUCCCGCGCACCACUCCUUUCGCUCGCGCUCCCGCUUUCAGAGUCCCCGGUGCUGCCGCUCGCAGAUGGAACUCCACCGAGGGUGGUGAGGAGAAGGUGAAGGGCCAGGUCAUCGGUAUUGACUUGGGUACCACCAACUCCGCUGUUGCCGUCAUGGAGGGCAAGACCCCCAAGAUCAUUGAGAACACCGAAGGUGCCAGAACCACUCCUUCCGUUGUUGCUUUCGCCCAGGACGGUGAGCGUCUGGUCGGUAUUGCCGCCAAGCGUCAGGCCGUUGUCAACCCCGAGAACACUCUCUUCGCCACCAAGCGUCUCAUCGGUCGCAAGUUCACCGACGCUGAGGUCCAGCGUGACAUCAAGGAGGUCCCCUACAAGAUCGUUCAGCACACCAACGGCGAUGCCUGGGUUGAGGCUCGUGGCCAGAAGUACUCUCCUUCCCAGAUUGGUGGUUUCGUCCUCAACAAGAUGAAGGAGACUGCCGAGAACUACCUCAGCAAGCCCGUUAAGAACGCUGUCGUCACUGUCCCCGCCUACUUCAACGACUCCCAGCGUCAGGCCACCAAGGACGCCGGUCAGAUCGCUGGUCUCAACGUUCUCCGUGUCGUUAACGAGCCCACUGCCGCCGCUCUUGCCUACGGUCUUGAGAAGGAGGCCGACCGUGUUGUCGCCGUCUACGAUCUUGGUGGUGGUACUUUCGAUAUCUCCGUUCUGGAGAUCCAGAAGGGUGUUUUCGAGGUCAAGUCCACCAACGGUGACACCCACCUUGGUGGUGAGGACUUCGAUAUUGCCCUUGUCCGCCAGAUUGUCCAGCAGUUCAAGAAGGAGUCCGGCCUGGACCUCUCCGGUGACCGCAUGGCUAUCCAGCGUAUCCGUGAGGCUGCUGAGAAGGCCAAGAUUGAGCUGUCUUCUUCUCUCCAGACUGAGAUCAACCUUCCUUUCAUCACUGCUGAUGCCAGCGGUGCCAAGCACAUCAACCACAAGAUGACCCGUGCCAGCCUCGAGUCCCUGGUUGACCCUCUCAUCAGCCGCACCGUUGAGCCCGUCCGCAAGGCCCUCAAGGAUGCCAACCUGCAGUCCGGUGACAUCCAGGACAUCAUCCUGGUCGGUGGUAUGACCCGUAUGCCCAAGGUCACCGAGUCCGUCAAGUCCAUGUUCGGCCGUGACCCCGCCAAGUCCGUCAACCCCGAUGAGGCUGUCGCCAUCGGUGCUGCCAUCCAGGGUGCUGUCCUUGCUGGUGAGGUCACUGACGUCCUUCUGCUCGAUGUCACUCCCCUCUCUCUCGGUAUCGAGACCCUUGGUGGUGUCUUCACCCGUCUGAUCAACCGCAACACCACCAUCCCCACCAAGAAGUCCCAGACCUUCUCCACCGCCGCUGAUUUCCAGACCGCUGUCGAGAUCAAGGUCUUCCAGGGUGAGCGUGAGCUCGUCAAGGACAACAAGCUCCUCGGAAACUUCCAGCUUGUUGGUAUCCCCCCUGCCCACCGUGGUGUUCCCCAGGUCGAGGUUACCUUCGACAUUGAUGCCGACUCCAUCGUCCACGUUGCCGCCAAGGACAAGUCCACCGGCAAGGACCAGUCCAUCACCAUUGCCUCCGGCUCCGGUCUCUCCGACUCUGAGAUCCAGUCCAUGGUUGAGGAUGCUGAGAAGUACGGUGCUCAGGACAAGGAGCGCAAGGCUGCCAUCGAGGCUGCCAACCGCGCCGACAGCGUCGUGAACGACACUGAGAAGGCUCUCAAGGAGUUCGAGGACCGCCUUGACAAGGCCGAGGCCGACCAGAUCCGCGAGAAGAUUGCCACUCUCCGCGAGUUCAUUGCCCAGAACCAGUCCGGUGAGGGCACUGCCACCGCUGAGGAGUUCAAGCAGAAGACCGAUGAGCUCCAGAACGCCAGCUUGACCCUCUUCGACAAGAUGCACAAGGCUCAGUCCGAGCAGCAGCAGCAGCAGCAGCAGAGCGGUGAGGGCGAGAACAAGGCCUAAAUGUACAACCACUAAACUCCCCAUGACUUGAACAAGCCAUGGGUGUUUCCUGUAUUCCACCUUUGCGUUAUUCCCUAGAGCCUUUCCUCUUUUUUCUCUCCGAUGUUUUAACACGCAUGAUAUGUAUACAUACCUGAUAGCUCUGACUGAUCUAUCCCUGUUCCGGUGUAUUGGUGUUUUAUUUACUCUUUCUCAUGUUCAUUUCCCUUCUGUAUUCUGAUUUCUC